AGGGAUUGAGGAGUGUGUCCCAGUGGCUGAGCGUGUGCCUGCAACUUGAUCCUAAAAGCCACAUAUGGAGGCCACAUUUCAGGAUCAUCCAGGGUUUCUGGUGGCCAGCAUUUCUCCUCCUUUCCUUUUUAAAUUACAGGUUACAGAACACGAAAUCAGCUUUUUUUACCUGAUAGCAUCAGGGGUCCAGUCCUUACCGCCACCACUGAGUGGGAGCAGGCGUGAGGGAAAGGGGCUAGGCUUGCUGAUUUAUGCUUCCCUGGGGGAAUACUGGGGUGGCCUGGUGGGGCCCUCCUCUCUCUAGGCUAUUCCCCAACACCCCUGUGGCUUCAGUCUGCCCCGGCCUCCUGUGUGCCCAGCAAGCCUGCUCCCGUGGGGCCUGCUAUCCCCCUGUCGGGGACCUGCUCAUCGGGAGGACCCGGUUUCUCCGAGCUUCGUCCACCUGCGGACUGACCAAGCCUGAGACCUACUGCACCCAGUAUGGCGAGUGGCAGAUGAAAUGCUGCAAGUGUGAUUCUAGGUUGCCUCACAAUUACAAUAGUCACCGAGUGGAGAAUGUGGUUUCGUCCUCGGGCCCCAUGCGUUGGUGGCAGUCACAGAAUGAUGUGAACUCUGUCUCUCUGCAGUUGGACCUGGACAGGAGGUUCCAGCUUCAAGACAUCAUGAUGGAUUUUAAGGGGCCCAUGCCCGCUGGGAUGCUGAUUGAGCGCUCCUCGGACUUCGGCAACACUUGGCACGUGUACCAGUACCUGGCUGCUGACUGCACCUCCGCCUUCCCCCACGUCCACCAGGGCCAGCCUCAAAGCUGGCAGGAUGUUCGGUGCCAGUCCCUGCCCCACAGGCCCAACGGGCGCCUGGAUGGGGGGAAGGUUCAACUUAACAUUAUGGAUUUAGCAUCUGGGAUUCCAGCCACUCAAAGUAAAAAAAUUCAAGAGCUGGGGGAGAUCACAAACUUGAGAGUCAACUUCACCAGGCUGGCCCCUGUGCCCCAGAGAGGCUACUACCCCCCCAGUGCCUACUACGCAGUGUCCCAGCUGCGUCUGCCAGGCAGCUGCUUCUGCCACGGCCACGCUGACCGCUGCGCCCCUCAGCCCGGAGCCUCCGCCGGCCCCUCCGCCGCCGUGCAGGUCCAUGAUGUUUGCGUCUGUCAGCACAACACUGCUGGGCCCAACUGUGAACGCUGUGCGCCCUUCUACAACGAUCAGCCCUGGAGACCCGCAGAUGACCAGGACCCCCGCGAAUGCCAGCGGUGUGACUGCAAUGGGCACUCAGAGACCUGUCACUUCGACCCAGCUGUGUUCGCCGCGAGCCAGGGGGCACACGGAGGCGUGUGUGACAACUGCCGGGACCACACGGAGGGCAGGAACUGUGAGCAGUGUCAGCUGCACUAUUUCCGCAACCAGCGUCCCGGCGCUCCCAUUCAGGAGACCUGUAUCCCCUGCGAGUGUGAUCCCGAUGGGGCAGUGCCAGGGGUUCCCUGCGACCCAGUGACUGGACAGUGCGUGUGCAAGGAGCAUGUGCAGGGGGAGCGCUGUGACCUGUGCAAGCCAGGAUUUACGGGACUCACCUAUGCCAACCCGCAGGGCUGCCACCGCUGUGACUGCAGCAUCCUGGGGUCUCGUCGGGACAUGCCCUGCGAUGAGGAGAGUGGGCAGUGCCUGUGUCUGCCCCACGUGGUGGGCCCCAAAUGUGACCAGUGCGCUCCCUACCACUGGAAGCUGGCCAGUGGUCGGGGCUGUGAGCCCUGUGCCUGUGACCCUCAGAGUUCCCUCGGCCCCCAGUGCAACCAGUUCACGGGGCAGUGCCCCUGCCGAGAAGGGUUUGGUGGCCUGACGUGCAGCGCCGCAGCCAUACGCCAGUGUCCCGACCGGACGUACGGAGGUGCAGGCACGACAUGCCGCGCUUGUGACUGUGACUUCCGGGGGACGGAGGGCCCAGGCUGUGACAAGGCCUCGGGCCGCUGCCUCUGCCGCCCCGGCUUGACCGGACCCCGCUGCGACCAGUGCCAACGAGGUUACUGUGACCGCUACCCGGUGUGCGUGGCCUGCCACCCUUGCUUCCAGAUCUACGAUGCUGACCUCCGGGGGCAGGCCCUGCGCCUCAGCAGCCUCCGCAAUGCCACCGCCGCCGGCCUGUGGCCCGGGCUGGGCCUGGAGGACGCUGGCCUCACCUCCCGGAUCGCGGAUGCCAAGAGCAAGAUGGAGCAGAUCCAAGCAAUCCUUUCCCGUUCCCCGGUCACCGAGCAGGAGGUGUCCCAGGUGGCCAAUGCCAUUUUCUCCAUCAGGCAGACUCUCCAGAGCCUGCAGCCUGAUCUGCCCCCAGAGGAGGAGACCUUGUCCCUCUCGCAAGACCUCAAGAAUCUGGACCGAAGCUUCAGUCACCUCCUUGUUAUGUAUCAGAGCAAGAAGGAGCAGUUUGAAAGGAUAAGCGGUGCGAAUCCUUCAGGGGCCUUCCGGGUGCUGACCGCAGCCCUCCAGCGGUCCUCCCAGGCUGCUCAGCGGGUCUCCGACGGCUCCCGCAUGCUCUUGCAGCUCAGGGACGGCCGGCGAGAGGCGGAGAGGCUGGAGGGCCAGCUGGGAGGAGGAGCCGGAGUUAGUGGGCCCCAGCUUGUGGCCCUGAGGCUGGACAUGGCUUCCUUGCCUGAUCUGACACCCACCAUCAACAAGCUCUGCGGGGGCUCCAGGCAGACGGCCUGUACCCCAGGAGCGUGCCCUGGAGAGCUGUGUCCCAGAGACAAUGGCACGGCAUGUGGCCCUCACUGCAGAGGUGCCCUCCCCAGGGCGGAUGGGGCCUUCCGGAUGGCGGGGCAGGUGGCCCAGCAGCUGCAGGGCUUCAAUGCCCAGCUCCAGCAGACCCGGCAGAUGAUCAAGGCCGCUGAGGAAGCCGCCUCGAAGGUGCAGUCAGACGCUCAGCGCCUGGAGACCCAGGUGAGCACCGGCCGCUCCCAGAUGGAGGAGGAUGUCAGGCGCAUGCGGCUCCUCAUCCAGCAGGUCCGGGACUUCCUGUCAGACUCUGACACUGAUGCGGCCACCAUCCAGGAGGUCAGCGAGGCUGUGCUGGCCCUGUGGCUGCCCACAGACUCGGCCACGGUGCUGCGGAAGAUGAAUGAGAUCCAGGCCAUUGCCGCUAGGCUACCCAGUGUGGACCUGGUGCUGUCUCAGACCAAGCAGGACAUUGCUCGGGCUCAGAGGCUCCAGAUGGAGGCUGAGAAGGCCAGGAGCCGAGCCCACGCGGUGGAGGGCCAGGUGGAGGACGUGGUGGGGAACCUUCGGCAGGGCACGGUGGCUCUGCAGGAAGCCCAGGACACCAUGCAAGGCACCAGCCGUUCCCUUCGGCUUAUCCAGGAGAGGGUUGCUGAGGUUCAGCAGGUCCUGGGGCCGGCGGAAGGACUGGCAGCUGGCAUGGGCUUGCAGCUGGGUGACUUGCGGGCGCGGAUGGAGGAGCUCAGCCGCAGGGCCAGGCUGCAACAGGAGCAAGUGGCAAGGGCCCAGCAGCUCACAGAGGGUGCUAAGGAGCGGGCGCUGAGCGCCCAGGAGGGAUUUGAGAGAAUAAAGCAAAAAUAUGCUGAGUUGAAGGACCAGUUGGGUCGGAGCCCCAUGCUGGGGGCUCAGGGCAGCCGGAUCCUGAGUGUCAAGACGGAGGCAGAGGAACUGUUUGGGGAGACCAUGGAGAUGAUGGACAGGAUGAAAGACAUGGAGUCGGAGCUGCUGCGGGGGAGCCAGGCCAUCAGGCUUCGCUCGGCAGACCUGACGGGGCUGGAGAAGCACGUGGAACAGAUCCGCAACCACAUCAACGGGCGUGUGCUCUACUAUGCCACCUGUAAGUGAUGCACCAGCCUGCAGCCCCCAGCCCCGCUCAUCUGCCCUCUCUACUUUUGGAGGACAGGCUGGGCUGGGAUGCCUUCCGGCUCCAGGAGACUUACACAGCCUAAAGCACAGCCCGGACGGCCCCUGGCGCGCAGCUGUUAAGAUUAUUCUGGGCUGCAGCUGAGCCGGAGCUGAUGGGAAAUUACAUCUGAGAGACAGAGAGGGUGGAGGCGGGCCGUGUCCUUGUGACGAGGAGCUCUCAAGUGGAGGUGCACUUGGCCGGCCAGCGUCCUUGCCCUUCAUCUUCCAUGGAGGCUGAAUCCUGGAGGGACACCAAAACUUAACAAAAACAUGAUGUACAAAUGAAAAGCCCAAUAAAAAUCUUUGGAAAGAAGUCUGGAGGUUGAAAGAGAGAAAAUGAUCCAUCUCCCCAUUAAGUACACCGUUGUCACUUGUUCCUGUCUCCCACCUGGGGUUCCUGGGUGCUCCUCUGCUCAAGCCCAAGGCCUGGAGGUAUAUGAAGCAUAGGCUGCCCCACUUGGCUCAGUACAGCUUGCUCGUCAACCAAACUUAGGGGGGCUGGAUCCCUUUGCCCCAGGACCCAAAGGAUCCCAUCCUUGAGAGACCAGAUGAUUUCCGUCUUUGAGCAGUGAUCCAGUUGCUCAUUCACAGAUGAGGAAAUAGAAAUCCAGAGAAGGGAAAUAUGGCGUCCAAAUUCCCCCAGCUCCAGAGGCGGACUCUGUGUCUCUUGGGAUCUCAAGGAGAAGUUGCAAAUGGAUGUGCAUUUGUGUGUGCGGCAGAUAUGGAAAUAGUGUGAAUAUCUGUGUGCUAACCAUGGCCUGUGCAAUGUGCUAGGCAUUUUUAAAAUUAAAAAAAUAA